CCACGCAGCCUCGUGCUGCAGCGCUGCGACCUGCUGUCGGGGCUGCGCGUGCACGGCGUCGUCUUCGAAGAUGACUCGCGCGCGCCCGCCGUCGCGCCCAUCCUCGACUUCCUGUCGGCUCAGACCUCGCUGCCCAUCGUGGCCGUGCACGGCGGAGCCGCGCUCGUGCUCACACCAAAGGAGAAGGGCUCCACCUUCCUGCAGCUGGGCUCCUCUACCGAGCAGCAGCUACAGGUCAUCUUUGAGGUGCUGGAGGAGUACGACUGGACGUCCUUCGUGGCGGUGACCACGCGUGCCCCCGGCCACCGCGCCUUCCUGUCCUACAUCGAGGUGCUGACCGACGGCAGCCUGGUGGGCUGGGAGCACCGCGGGGCUCUGACUCUGGACCCAGGCGUGGGCGAGGCCGUGCUGGGCGCGCAGCUUCGCAGCGUCAGUGCGCAGAUCCGUCUGCUCUUCUGCGCGCGCGAGGAGGCCGAGCCUGUGUUCCGGGCAGCCGAGGAGGCCGGCCUCACCGGGCCCGGCUACGUGUGGUUCAUGGUGGGCCCCCAGCUGGCCGGAGGCGGGGGCUCAGGGGCCCCCGGGGAGCCCCUUCUUCUGCCAGGAGGCUCCCCACUGCCCGCAGGGCUGUUUGCAGUGCGCUCAGCUGGCUGGCGGGAUGACUUGGCCCGGCGUGUGGCAGCUGGGGUGGCUGUGGUGGCCAGAGGUGCCCAGGCCCUGCUGCGAGACUACGGCUUCCUGCCCGAGCUGGGCCACGACUGCCGCGCCCAGAACCGCACCCACCGCGGGGAGAGUCUGCAUCGGUACUUCAUGAACAUCACCUGGGAUAACCGGGACUACUCCUUCAAUGAGGAUGGCUUCUUAGUGAACCCCUCCCUGGUGGUCAUUUCCCUCACCAGAGACAGGACUUGGGAGGUGGUGGGCAGCUGGGAGCAGCAGACUCUCCGCCUCAAGUAUCCGCUGUGGUCCCGCUAUGGCCGCUUCCUGCAGCCCGUGGACGACACGCAGCACCUCACGGUGGCCACGCUGGAGGAGAGACCCUUUGUCAUCGUGGAGCCUGCUGACCCCAUCAGCGGCACCUGCAUCCGAGACUCAGUUCCCUGCCGGAGCCAGCUCAACCGGACCCACAGCCCUCCACCAGACGCCCCCCGCCCGGAAAAGCGGUGCUGCAAGGGCUUCUGCAUUGACAUUCUGAAGAGACUGGCGCACACCAUCGGCUUCAGCUACGACCUCUACCUGGUCACCAACGGCAAACACGGGAAGAAGAUUGACGGCGUCUGGAACGGCAUGAUUGGGGAGCGACAGUCCAGGGUGGUGACCUUGUCCCGUGACGGGGACAGUCUGAGAGGUGGAACCCUGAGCUCCCAGAGGCGACACACAGUUGCUGAAUUCAUGACGCUACCUCCCUUGUCCCUAGAGCCCUACAGCCCCGCUGUGUGGGUGAUGAUGUUUGUCAUGUGCCUCACUGUGGUCGCCGUCACUGUUUUCAUCUUCGAGUACCUCAGUCCCGUGGGCUACAACCGCAGCCUGGCCACGGGCAAGCGCCCUGGCGGCUCAACAUUCACCAUUGGGAAAUCCAUCUGGCUGCUCUGGGCCCUGGUGUUCAAUAACUCGGUGCCUGUGGAGAACCCCCGGGGAACCACCAGCAAAAUCAUGGUGCUGGUGUGGGCCUUCUUCGCCGUCAUCUUCCUCGCCAGCUACACCGCCAACCUGGCCGCCUUCAUGAUCCAGGAGGAGUAUGUGGACACCGUGUCUGGGCUCAGUGACCGCAAGUUCCAGCGGCCCCAGGAACAGUACCCACCCUUGAAGUUCGGGACAGUGCCCAACGGGUCCACGGAGAAGAACAUCCGCAGCAACUACCCCGACAUGCACAGCUACAUGGUGCGCUACAACCAGCCCCGCGUGGAGGAGGCGCUCACGCAGCUCAAGGCAGGGAAGCUGGACGCCUUCAUCUAUGAUGCUGCGGUGCUCAACUACAUGGCCCGCAAGGAUGAGGGCUGCAAGCUGGUCACCAUCGGCUCCGGCAAGGUCUUCGCCACCACCGGCUAUGGCAUCGCCCUGCAUAAGGGCUCCCGCUGGAAGCGGCCCAUUGACCUGGCACUGCUGCAGUUCCUGGGGGACGAUGAGAUCGAGAUGCUGGAGCGGCUGUGGCUCUCCGGGAUCUGCCAUAACGACAAGAUCGAGGUGAUGAGCAGCAAGCUGGACAUCGACAACAUGGCCGGUGUCUUCUACAUGCUGCUGGUGGCCAUGGGCCUCUCCCUGCUGGUCUUCGCCUGGGAGCACCUGGUGUACUGGCGCCUGCGGCACUGCCUGGGGCCCACGCACCGCAUGGAUUUCCUGCUGGCCUUCUCCAGGGGCAUGUACAGCUGCUGCAGCGCCGAGCCUCGAAUCCGAGGUAUGACGCGGCCUGGGGGGGCCCGCCGUCCCUUCGGUCCGCGCAGGCCACAGCCCGAGGGGGCGCGCGCAGUGGACUGGACCCGCGUGGGUUGA